AGUUAUGCCCCUUUGAUGGAUACAUCUCACAUCCGGAAAAAAUAAUGUGAUGUUUUUCUUCCGAAAUAUUUGAUAUUAAGCACAUCUUCCAACCUCAUACAAGUUAGCAGACUCUCUCUCUGAUGUGGUGAUGUGCUGAGGUGUGACGACCAGGGCAGGUGAUGCUGGUCACUCGAUGCUUUCACUACGCUGUAUCUCACACAAUGGGUCGGUGUUCGCUCCGCAGGCUGGUCGUGGUCAUCGCGACGCUGUCUGUCAUGGCAACCAUCACAUUCUUUAUAUAUUCCCUCAGUCUGGAUUCCCCAGGCCUUCCUGGUAUGAAGCAAGGCCAGUUGGUGAAGUUGCGAGCUCGGCAGCGCCAGUUGGAGGAAGGCAUGACACCCCUGAUGGAGAAACUUGAGUCCGCCGAUUCCGACCAAGCACUUCUGUUCCACCAUGCACAAGAAGGCAAUGUUGAAGGCAUUAAGAGUAUAAGGAACAAAAACUUUGAUGUGAGAAUCAUGAACAGUAAUGUGGUGCGAGAGAAGACACCAUCCAAGGGGAAGAAAUCCAAGCUGUUGGAGAAGAUGUCGUGGCCGGACAAGAGGAAGGGAGACAAGGGGAGACAAGUAGCUAAAGUCCACAGUCCAAAGCACAGGUCUCAGAGACUGGAUGAGUUCAUGGGAGUGACGAAUCCUCUUGCUGUGCCGCGGAUAGCCGAAUAUUGUAAUAUACCUGUGAGGGAAGUCCGGGGACGGGAGGGUGAAGCUCCUCCAGGCUACUCCCUCAAGUCUGUGUAUCUCAUUGUACGACACGGAGACCGAUCCCCGAUGGGCAGCUUCAAGAACUCACCAAAUCCAAUUCUCAGCUGCCAACAUGACUCAUCCAAAAAAUUUGACAUCCCCAAUUUUGACAAAUUUGCCUCAACGAUGCAGUAUUACCAAUCUCAUCUCCAUCCCGGAAACACCUUCCCUUUCCACCUGUACCCCCGCUCCCAGACAUGUGAGAGCUCAGAACUCACCGGACAGGGCUCCCUGCAGCAUCUGCUGACUGGCUGGCACCUUCACGAGCGCUACGUCCAAAAAUGGCGGCUGUUCUCGGAGCCCUUCAGCCCCAGCCAGGUGUAUGUGAAAAGCACGGGUUACAGUCGAACAUACCAAAGCGCGAUAGCUCUUCUCUACACAUUCCUCCCUGCUUUGAAUUUGACCGAUUUGAACAUCUUUCGGUCUGAUAAUUUGUUUUUUUGUUCAGAGAAAUCGUUUGGACAUUCCUGUUCAUGUCCUGUGCUGAAGCAUUACAAAAAGAUGAGUGAUGGAGAGGCAGGGGCCUAUGAUAGGAACAACACGGAUUUGAAGCGGGUCCGACAAUACAUUGCUAAUGUCUAUAAUAUAAAGAGACAGGAGUUGCCAUGGCUAUGGUCAAUGAUAGACACCCUCAUGGCAUAUGCUUGUCAUAAGAUAUCUCUCCCUUGCAACAAAAACAAUGACUGCAUAGAACCCUCAUUUCUAGCAGAACUGUGGCAUCAGCUUGACUUGCAUGGUGCCAAACUAGAUGAAUUAGAUUCCUAUCAAAAAUAUGCUCGUCUGGGUAUUCAUCCAUUGUUGUAUGAGAUUAAACAACACAUGGUUCUCACCACCAAGAAGAAGGCGAAGGUGAAGUUUGUUCUGUACUCUGGCCACGACACAACGGUCAGUCCUUUGGCCACUGCGUUAGGAAUUGGACAUGGACGAUGGCCAAAGUAUGCAACGAGAAUUGCAUUUGAGUUGUAUUCAAGAGAAGAGCCGAAAAAGCAUCACUUUCUCCGUAUUUUGAUGAAUGGUGAAGACGUCACCUCAAGGGUCAGCUUCUGCAAGGGUCAGGCUAAGAGUGGGUUUUGUAAAUUGAAAUAUUUUGUUGAGUUUGUUCAGAAGGAAAAUCUCUCCCUAUUUAAUGGUAAGACUUAUGCUCAGGCCUGUGAGAUGCCAACAACACAUUAAACAGUUUGAAAGUGCUAACGUAGGUCAUGUUGAAGUUGCCUGGUUGUUUGAAUCAUUAUACACAACAACAUAGAGAAAAUGUGUGAUUCCAGCUCUAUCAUGUCUAUAGGCAAUGUAUUGUGUUCAGUGAGGAUGACAAUGAUUGUUUGUUGAUGGUGACAAGAAAGGGGAUCUGGUUGGGAUGAUAGAACUGAAUGGUCUUGUGUGAGCUUAUUUCAGCUUUCUCUUGUCAGGCUGCCUUUUAUAGUUUAGCUUUUGAAGUCUCCCAAACCACAAUGUCAAUGAUGCUGAACCUUUGAAUUGCUGAUCUGAGCAAUGGUGGCUAAAGAUGUGCCCAUACUCAACCAUGUCGAUGUGCAUCUUUGUCAUAUUGACAUUAGUUAUGAAUGUGCACUACAUUUCUAUGAAAGAAUUAUUGAGUAUUUUGGUCUACAUGUGUUGGGAACUUUGACCUAAUUCCUGUCUGUUAAAAGAUGGUACUUGUUGUUACCCUGCCUGGCACUCGGCAUUAAGGGGCUAAAACAGGGACUGGUCAGCUCAGAGUGAGUAUACUGUUAAACUGCGGCAUGGUAUCUCAAUGGGCCAGCACCAGCACUAGCACCCCCAUAUUUUGGGGUGACCCUCCCCUGGUUCCCUCUGACCCACCCCAACCUGUAAUAAAUGACCGGUCCCUGAGUGCUCUAACCAAACCCCUUCUAACAGGGUUCACAUACAAGACAGAAAAUAGUUCCAACUGUAGGUUGGUCCAGCAGCUCAGUUUGUUGGCGUAUUGGAUCUUCAUCCAUGCAAUGUGCACUUCUUUCUGGUUGUCGGGGACACGGGUGGCCCUGACGUCUAAGGCGCCGAGAUUCGCUGUGCAGAGUUGCGUCCCUUUGGCACGCCAGAAACCUAUGAUUGUGGGUUCGAAUCCCGGUUCGCCCCGAUUAUGUUUCUAGGUUUGUCAGCACCAUACCCGUGCUCGUUGGUUUCACCGAAGUGGUAAACAUCUGAGACCUACAUCACUUGGGGCUUUCCACCCACAUUAAGCUGACAUGCCGGGAUAUAACUGGAAUACUGUUAAAAGCGGCGUAAAACCAUACUCACUCACUCCCAUGCAAUGUGACAGCAGUGGCCAUCAAAAUGGGCUUAACCUCUUGUACCUUUCAGGCGUCAAACCAGAAUCUUGAAUACAAUGAGCUAAUACUCCAAUUCUACCCCACUGCCCUUGAACAAAUUGGAAAAAAGUAUGAAAUAUUUACAAUUCAGAAGCAUAUUAAACAACAUAAUUCAGAUUAUUAUUUUUUCAAAGUGUGAUGAAGUUGCUUUCUUCUUGAUCAUAUAAGCUGGAUUACAUUUGUAAUUGCCAACUUUGUAUUAAUGCCUGGAGUAUUUGCUGGUUGGUAUUUAGUUUAUGCAUUAGGCCAGACGCUUUUUCUUCUUUUCUUUUUUCCGUUUAAGGAUAUUUGCCCCAAAAAGUCAGGUCGGUAGGUGAAAAAAAACCACCCCAAAAAACAAUCCUAUUUCAAAUAUAUUUACAGUAGAACAUGGAUAUAACGAACUACAAGGGACCGGAGAAAUUAGUUUGUUAUAUACAUUGUUCGUUAUAUACGUUUUCGCGAGGAAACAACUGCCAUCUUAGAUCAAACAAACACAAUACAGCAUGCAGCAUUGCCCGCCAUGUUAGCGUGUGCAAGUGAAGUGACACUUUGACAUCAUCUCAUGAAAUUUAUGUUUGUCCUACAGACACGAUUAGUCCAGCAUCCAGUAAGAUAAGCAUAAAGCAAGUUCAACAAGUUUGAAUCGUCACCGCUGAUUGUGUUCAUUCGCCGCUGAUUGCGUAUAGUCAAUUGUUAGUGACACUUGACACUGAGUGAGAUUUCUCAUUUCGCUAUACACGUCACUAAUUAGUGGUAUUUGGGCUUGUCGGGGAUCAGAUAUCAGUUUGCUAUAUACGUUAGUUCGCUGUAGAGAGUUCGUUACAUAUGCACAUUUAUAUGUGACAAUACAGAGGAGAUAAAUCGGCGAUUUUGUAACAUUUCGUUGUAUCUAUCCGUGUUCGUUAUAUCCGUGUUCUACUGUAUUUUUUUCCUCCAAAUGUGAAGUAGGGGGGAAUAAAUGGGGGCAGGAGUUUUUAACAUAAAAUAUUGAUAGUUUUUAAUUAUAGUAUUGUAAAUAAUUUAUUUUGAUAGUGACUGUAAAUGAGGGGUGCUUUUUAAAUUUUGUUUACUUUUGUUGGAAGUAAGGAAGAAAAUCACUGCUUUCAUGUUUAAGAAAGUUUGUUUUUUUGAGUUGGUGGCCUUGUGAACCAAAUUUUUGAGGAUUCUUGCCUUCUGUUUAUAACCAUGAUGAUGUACACUGCAGCAUGCUGCAGGGAGAACUCAUUCACAGUUUUAGCUUCUCAUCAUGUCUUCAUCAAUCCUACACCGCCUCCGUGGUCUAGUGGUAGAGCGUCCGCCCGGAGAGCGGAAGGUCCGAGGUUCGAUCCCCGGCCGCGUCAUACCAAAAUACGUUAAAAGAUGGUACUUGUUGUUACCCUGUCUG